CCAGUUAUAAAAUUAAACCAUGCAAAUGAAACGACUUAAUUAUAGAGGUUAUUAAGAAGCAUGGAUCUUCCUUUGGACAUACAUAAAUAUAUUCUGUGAGAAAAUUGAUGGAGAGGUAACUAAAGAAAAUGAUCUGGAGCGUCGAAACCUGAUCUUCAAAGGGUGAAGCUGUGGUUUAGUGGUAUUUCGCUUUCGUUAUCUGUUUUGGAGUGAAAAAUUGUGGGGUAUAAACUAUAUACCAAAACACCAUAAUUUUUAGGUUGCACAAUGUCGACUGCUGCUUCUAUCCACAGCUGGUGUCUCACCUCCACCUCCACCACCGUCUCUCCUUCUAACUCUCUUAAAAAUAAUAAACCCACCACAUUACGACCAUGCGCUAGGCUUGGCUCUUCUUCUUCUCCUUCUUCUCCUACUCCUCCUCCUAGUCUCAUCCAAAACAAGCCCGUUUUCGCAGCUCCUUCUCCUAUCAUCAACCCAACUACUUGGAACGAAGACAUGGGAAAGGAUUACGAGGAGGCCAUUGCAUCUCUUCAGAAGCUUCUCAAUGAAAAUGGAGAAUUAAAAACUACAGCAGCUUCGAAAGUGGAGCAAAUAACAGCAGAAUUACAGACCCCAGCUGAUGGCAAAAUAGGAGGGUAUGAUGCAGUUGAGAGAAUGAAGACUGGCUUUGUUAAAUUCAAGAAGGAGAAAUAUGAAACAAACCCAGCUCUGUACGCUGAACUUUCCAAAGGCCAAAGCCCCAAGUUUAUGGUAUUUGCCUGCGGAGACUCUCGGGUUUGCCCAUCGCAUGUUCUAGAUUUCCAGCCAGGAGAGGCUUUUGUGAUUCGUAAUGUUGCUAACUUGGUCCCACCAUACGACCAGACCAAGUACGCUGGAACUGGAUCUGCUAUCGAGUUCGCUGUUCUGCAUCUUAAGGUGAGUUACAUUGUAGUGAUUGGUCACAGUGCUUGUGGUGGUAUUAAGGGGCUUAUGUCUAUCCCAGAUGAUGGAGCUACCUCCACGGACUUCAUUGAAGACUGGGUUAAAAUUGGGUUGCCUGCUAAGAACAAGGUCAAAUCAUCCUUGGGCAGUGCACCUUUCUCAGAACUCUGUGGAUGCUGUGAAAAGGAGGCAGUGAACACAUCCCUCGGAAACCUUCUUACCUAUCCUUAUGUAAGAGAUGGUUUGGUGAACAAAACUCUUGCAUUGAAGGGUGGUUACUAUGACUUUGUUAAUGGAACAUUUGAGCUUUGGGGACUUGACUUUGGCCUUUCUCCUUCUGUCUCCGUUAAGGAUGUGGCCACCAUACUUCAUUGGAAGCUCUAGGGGACAUGGUUAGAUCGGUCAUCCCCCUUCCCUGCCAAAGAAGAGGCUCUCUUUAAUUAAUUAAAUCUCACAUUAUUAUGUGAUGAUGAGUACUCAAACUAAAAGUGGGGUUCUGUAACCAAAUUAAUAAGCCUCUGUUUUGAGAGAGUUGGGUGUAACUUUUUUUUUCCCCUCAUCCCCAAUAAGCUCCUUUUACAUAUUUUCAGCUA